UUCCCGUACUGCGGCGCCAAGGACUGUCCAGUUCACAGCUGAAAGGAACUUACUUCUGUAGGAAGCUGUGUGCACACGAAUUCUUCUUUCAGUUGAAAGUCAGUAUUCAGCCUUGCGAGGGAAAUCAAAACAUUCCGGAGAAGUGAAACAGACCUUGCAGCAAGAACCAUUUCCCCUGAAGUACCAAAGUAAAAGGCUCCAGAUACUGCACCAAACUUCAGUGCACCUCUUCACGUAGUAUUGCACCUUGGAAUGGGCCAGUUGGCAUCACUCAUUUAUUGACAACUCCUAACAUUGGAAGACCAAAAGUUCCAGGUGCUGACCCUGAACGUUGUAUCAAUGAAGAACCUUGAUGUCCUAAUAAGCUGCAGAUGACUUGUGGCUUUAUUGCCAAUGAAGAUGAGCUCCAUUGUAGAAACGAGAAACACUGCUAUUAGACAAAAUGGGCACAGUGGUGAAGGUAACUUGCGAGAGAAGAUUUACAAGAAGACUCCAUCGUCUGCACUUCAAGGAUCUAUCCAACUUGGGAUAGGAUAUGCUGUCGGAAACCUUACAUCAACACCAGAACGAGAUGUACUUAUGCAAGAUUUCUAUGUUGUGGAAAGUGUCUUUCUACCAAGUGAAGGAAGCAAUCUUACACCUGCACAUCGAUAUCCCGACUUCAGAUUCAAGACCUACGCUCCAUUGGCAUUCCGUUAUUUCCGAGAACUCUUUCAUAUAAAGCCUGAUGAUUAUUUGUAUUCCUUAUGCAGUGAACCACUGAUUGAGCUUUCCAACCCUGGUGCCAGUGGCUCCUUAUUUUACGUCACAAGUGACGAUGAAUUCAUCAUCAAAACUGUCCAGCACAAGGAGGCAGAAUUCCUGCAGAAGCUGUUACCAGGCUACUAUAUGAAUUUAAAUCAGAACCCGAGGACAUUAUUGCCAAAGUUUUAUGGAUUGUACUGCAUGCAAUCAGGAGGGACUAAUAUAAGAAUUGUGGUUAUGAAUAAUGUGUUACCACGUUCUGUGCGGAUGCAUCAGAAGUACGAUCUGAAAGGGUCGACUUACAAACGCAGGGCCUCGAGGAGAGAGAGGGAAAAAGAUACACCCACAUUCAAAGACUUGGACUUUAUACAGGACCUGCCUGAUGGCCUCUUUUUUGACGCUGAAACCUACAAUGCAUUGAUCAAAACACUUCAGAGAGAUUGCCAGGUUUUGGAAAGUUUCAAGAUCAUGGAUUACAGCCUGUUGUUGGGAAUCCAUAACUUGGAUCUAGCUGACAAAGAGAAAGAACAUGAGGUGGAGAACCUUCAGACUGCUCCAGAUGGCAAACGUGCAGUCGGGCAGAAGGUGUUGUACUCCACUGCCUUGGAAUCUAUACAGGGUGUGACAAGAUCAGGGGAAUCUGUUGGAACAGAUGAAACAAUGGGUGGCAUACCUGCUAAAAAUAAUAAAGGCGAGCGGAUCCUCCUUUACAUGGCCAUCAUUGACAUUCUACAGUCCUACAGGUUCAUCAAGAAGCUGGAACAUUCCUGGAAAGCUCUUGUCUAUGAUGGGGACUCUGUCUCUGUCCAUAGGCCGGGAUUCUAUGCUGAUCGCUUUCUGAAGUUCAUGAGCAGCAGAGUGUUUAAGAAGACAUUUUCCUUGCGAUCAUCUCCGUCGAAGAAAGCUCGCAAUUCCAUUCCGGUUGUUAAAUACAUAGUGCAGGAUGUUCCAUCCUCUGGACUCAUAAAGGACAUGAGUGAGGGGAAGAGUGAGAUGCUGUUGGGAACUAGGAGCUAUUGUAGCCUUGACGAGGAAGCAAUGGGAUUUCGCAGACGCAGACCUGACGUCUUGCCCAGCACGGCGUCUUUAUUUGAAGCAACCUCCUUGGCAACGACACUUUCCUCCACUUCGCUACUUCUGAAUGAACCAACGCCAUCUGAAGGAACGGCAAAUUCCUCAAUCAAGGAAGGAGAUCCAACUAGCUCCACUAUGACUUUGGAAGACAGUGCAAUCUGUUUAACAUUGGAGAAAAGUACACUGGAAAUGGAAAAUGAUGAUGAUUCUGAAUUUGACAUUCGUUUGAACUGCACGCCAUGAAGCUUAUUGCAGCAUUAAAAAUCUUUAAUACAACUGCCUUCGCUAAGAAGAUUUUUGUUUUUAACCUAGUAAAUCGACUGGAUGAAUUUGUUGGAUGGAUGUCAGAACAGGCAGAGUAUAAACCCAGCCUAAAUAUUCCUUUCCUACCUGGAAAGAUACUCUACACUCCGGCUAAUUGAAGAACUAAAACAGAAGUCCCGUUUAUUAAACAGAGAAUUGUAUGGACCUUGUCAACUGACAUUGAGCAGGCCAGGAUUCAAAAAGAACAUUUCACACUUCAGCACCAAGUCUGCGUUGCAUGCUAUACAAAUAGCUCUUUAUUUUUUCUUCAUAUUUGUGAUCCUUCUUGCUCAUCUGAAAAAAAGGUUGGCAUUUUUACUGGUUCUGAAAUUCUACCAGAUUUAUAUUUUGUUACUUUGCUGGUUUUGAUUGCAUACAUUUCAGUAUCUGGCAGUUUUAGAAGAAAACAAUUUUUCAGAUGCCAAAAACACUUGUGCCUGAAGCGUGGGUGUUAACUUUUCUAUUUUGUUAAAUUUCCUACGAAGCAGUCUUUUAACCAGCCUAUGGAUAAAAUUGUCUACUUUGUACUUGCAUUGAAUUGCAAUGUUUGCACAUGACUACAUUAACAGAUAUUCUAGAAACGCUAGUUUCGCUUACUUGUCAGUUUAAAAAAAAAAGUUUACAGAAAUGUAUACACAUCAUCUCGAUGUCUAUUUUAAAUAUGACAAAGAGUCUAUUUUAAUGAACUCUUUCUGGGAGGUCUUAAAGGUCUCUGUAAAUAAAUAUUCUUCAAAAUUGUAAGAAAUUUGCUUGAGAUGCUUACUGCAAAUGUUCACUUAAACAAAACUUGUGUACAGGAAUCUGUCAAAUUCAUGUUCUUCUGAGUUGUAUAAUAAGAGUCGAAUGGCCUGCUGAAAUUUAUGCUGCAUUAUAUGUAUGUAAAUUGUAUAGGACUUGAGUUUUGCUGCCAUUCUGAAUCACUGUAAAUCUUUCUCCAAGCAAUCAUGUUCAGAUUAUUUAAAUGUAACGUUAUUGAGCAUCUAUUUAUUGAAAUUGGUCUUGCUGCAGCCAUGUUUCUGGUAAUAGGGAGACACUUGGCAUCCCCUGGUGGAUGUGGUUUAACACUGCACAGCCUUGAGGGCAAACUGAACUUCAGUUUCAUUGGCCAAUGUUUUGAAUCAAAUAGAAAGCACUUAGAAAGAAACCACCAGCAGAGAACUAAUAAAAAAAACGUUUCACUUGGAA